GCAUCAAUUUUCAACAACACGUGUGCGUCAACCACUUUUACAUUCAGUGGAUGUACAUCAAGGGAUUACGACUGUAGUGACUAAGCUUUCUGAAAUUCGUGACUUUAUGUGUACACUGGAAGAAUAGAUGUAGGGUCUACGAGCUCAAAAUUUAUGUGUUCAAUAAAUGCCGAGAUUUUAUUUUUAUGAUCGUUUCGAUCUAUCGUUGAAAAAUGAAACAAAGAAUGAAGACAAAUGAGUGUCAAGGAGUGAAGAUAUGGCAAUAGAGAGAUUUCUGGACCUCAAGGCCUACUUUAGUUGUCGUUUUGUUCUAUUUAUUAGCAUUUUUUUAAGCAAGAUUUAGUAAUAAAAUCUCAAAUUUAAAAUAUUAUUGUAAAUUUAGAUUUAGCUUACCAAAGGAGGCCAUUUGUUUCUGUUCCCUUCAGUAGGUAGCCAUGUGUUUGAAGCCUGUAAAAUGAUCAUCCACUGGAAGCGUACAGAGAGUGUACUGUUUACAUUUCUUAUUGUGAUCUGUCCGUGUUUUAUCCUGAUCAUUAAACAGAGUUUCCAUUCAAGCAGAGGUCCAGUUAUAGUUGAAAAUGUAAUAAGAACCUUUAAUGGUACCAAAACGUACACUCCUUCGGCUGAAAGUGAUAACUGUGGAAGCAAUCUAGUUCUUCUGAGACAGUUAGAAGAAAUAGCAAAGAAAAGAAAAGUACCAGAUAUCGACUGCUCGGCAAUAUUCUCUGCAAAUGAAGAAAAACUAAAAGAAGCUGUCAAUAUAGCUAAAGCCUCGCGAGGCGGCCUUAAAAGUGCAUUUUAUUUAAACGCGACUCAAAGUUGUCAAGACUUUCAGAAGUCUCGUGGAUACGUGACGUCAUCUCUUACGUCAGAAGAGGGAAACUUUCCCCUCGCAUUCUCUCUUAUCCUCUACGCCGACUUAGAAAUGGCGGAGCGUCUGCUGCGGGCCGUGUACAGGCCUCAGAACGUUUACUGCCUCCACGUGGAUAGGAAAGUGUCGGUCAACUACUUGAAGGCCAUCACGGCUGUAGCGGCUUGUUUUCCAAACGUCUUCAUCUCCUCCAAACGAGUGAAUGUCGUCUGGGGAAAAUUCAGCGUCCUUAAGGCCGAACUUAUUUGUAUGGAAGAGCUGUGGCAGUACUCUUCCUGGAAGUACUUCAUUAACCUAGCUGGUCAGGAGUUCCCGCUUCGAACAAAUUUGGAACUUGUUCGAAUAUUGAAAGCAUUUAACGGAGCCAACAGUGUGAGCGGUCGGAUCAAAAAGAAUGACGAGAGACGCUGGAGUAAUGCACCACCUCUGUCAGGUAUACAACCAGUGAAAGGAUCAGUUCACAUUGUUGUUAACAGGCACUACGUAGACUUUAUCUUACACACUAAAGCUGCUCUCAAGUUACUGAAAUGGACCAAGAGAACCAGAGUUCCAGAUGAAACGUUCUUCCCCACUUUAAACUUCAAUCCCCAAUUGAGUAUCAAUGGUUCUUACUCAGGAUCACCGAACGAAAUUCAGCAGUCCAUCAACAGAUACAAAAUCUGGUAUACACAGGAACUUUGUGCGGGCCGCCUCAGGCGUGGGAUAUGUAUCUUGUCAACAGGUGAUUUACCCCGACUUGGCCAGUCCAAACAUCUGUUUGCCAAUAAGUUUCUCAUUCAUGAAGACAGCGUAGUGAUUGGUUGCCUCGAGGAAAAACUGGCCAAUGAAACAAGAGACGAGUACGCAUGCCGAAAAAUGUUUGAUGCAACAUGGUACAGCCGACUGGACUUUGUACAAAAACAAAUUAGAACCUAUGGAGACAAUGUUUGAUACAACAUGGUACAGCCGACUGGACUUUGUACAAAAACAAAUUAGAACCUAUGGAGACAAUGUUUGAUACAACAUGGUACAGCCGACUGGACUUUGUACAAAAACAAAUUAGAACCUAUGGAGAAAAUGUUUGAUGCAACAUGGUACAGCCGACUGGACUUUGUACAAAAACAAAUUAGAACCUAUGGAGAAAAUGUUUGAUGCAACAUGGUACAGCCGACUGGACUUUGUACAAAAACAAAUUAGAACCUAUGGAGACAAUGUUUAGUACUAGAUUGCAGGGUCAGAAUUAAUGCAAGAGUGAAGUGAAGUUUUCAUUAAGAGUCUGAAGUAUUGCCCCAAAGACCAUGCCAAGUAAAUAAUAUAAGAGUGGGUGACUAUCAAUAUCGUGGUGAGGUGUGGAUGAAACAGGUGUAGACAGAUGGUUUAGAUCUCUAUUUCCCAUGAUAAAGAUAUUUGUAAAAAUUGUGAUUCCCAUGAUCUAUAAUGUUACUCUUAGAUUAUGUGCCUAUAUUAUGUGCCUAUAUUAUGUGCCUAUAUUAUUUGCCUAUAUUGUAGUCUCUAUAUCAACCAUGUUAGUGUUAGUCAGUUUAUGUGUCACAGUUUGACUAGGACCGAGUGGACCACGUAGAAGUUCGUCACCGUGUUUUUGUUUGGUUUGGAGUACAUUAGGUUUGAAAUAAAUUGACUAAUUGUAUUUUUUGUCGCUGUUUAUUUUUUUUUCUACUUUAUUUGGGUCCAUCACUCAUUUAGCCUCCAAUUAUCUAAGGCCGGCACUGCCUGUAGUUAGCGAGGCCCAGCAUCGGAGGACUGCGCGCUACCGUAUAUAGCACCACCUAAUCGAAUGUAACGGUCGUAAGGUUGUUGGAACCUUUAGACAAGACUUGGGGUGACGAGCUCCUUCUCCUCGCUUGACAGUUAGGAGAACUCCUUUGAACGGUCAACGGGUUAGUUGUUACGAAGGACAAGCACUCUAAACAACUUUUUCGAAGGUUACGUCAAAUAAGAAAAACAACUUGUUAGAUGCUUACCUGUCACUACACUAAGAUAUAGUCUAAAACAAUUUGACUUAUUUGCAAUAGUCUAGUUAUUUUCUACUUUUUAACUUAAUGAGGGACAAAUAUAAAACAGUUUAGGAGUGAGGAGGGAUACACAAGUCUAAAUGGUUGGAGAUACGCCUUAGAAGUGGGGGGAUACACAAGUCUAAAUGGUCGGAGAUACGCCUUAGAAGUGGGGGGAUACACAAAUCUAAAUGGUCGGAGAUACGCCUUAGAAGUGGGGGGAUACACAAGUCUAAUGGUCGGAGAUACGCCUUAGAAGUGGGGGGAUACACAAGUCUAAUGGUCGGAGAUACGCCUUAGAAGUGGGGGGAUACACAAGUCUAAUGGU